AAACAAUAUGGCUGCGUCCAUGGAUGUAAACCUUCAAAUGGAUCAGUACCAUGCCCAUCACCCUCAUGUCUCUGGUGGUUCACUGUCUUCCCAUCCUAGUUCGGGGCAUCUGCAACACGAGGGUGCUAAUACCCGCCUCCCGAAUCAGUUUGGCAUCCAGUCACAAGGCCAUCAUUUUGGUCAUGUCCAUGACUCGUAUGUCAAUUCGACCCCGUCUGUCCAGCAGAUUUUGAUGCAACAGCAAAUCCAACAUCAGCGGUCAGCUCAUUUCGCUCCUCAAGUAUAUGACAGCAAUGAGCGGUUAACAAAACCACACCCCAAUCACAAUACAAGUCCUGUGAAUCAGGUAAAUCAAAUGCGCAUUCAAAUACCUGCUCACCAACAAAUUCCCCAUCCUCUGCAACCCAAUAAUCCCGCUGUCACUUCAAAUCCCCGAUAUUCUCCUAUAGAUCAUCAUGGAUCGCAUCAUUCCCCACCAAUCUCGAAAGAUAGUUACAACACUUCUGCCUAUCAUUUGCAAGACCAGUCACAUGUCCUUACUCAUACAUCUCAUUUACAGCAACCUGUAUAUCCUUAUCAUGGAGAUUCAUCCCAAAUGCAAAAUCCACAGACGACUGCCCACACAACAACUGAAUUAUCCAAUUCUCAGUAUACGGGACAUCACUUAUCCAUGCAAUUAAAUAACAGUGCUUCCGGAGAUAACGAUAUUCACCAUUCUGGUAACCAACAUCCUCAUGUUUCUACUGGUUUCCAAGCCCCUCCAGCUCCCUAUGUACCUCCAGCUAAAAAGCGGCGGGGAAGACCCCCAACUCAUCCAACUUUUGAUGUCGGUGCUGGAACCUUACUUGAUGAAGACGAGCACACCCUCUAUGGAGCUAUACGGUCGGGAAGAGUAGCUCCACAAACAGUUGUUGAUGAUUGGAUUGAACAAUAUAAAACAAAUCGUGAACCAGCUAUGUUAGAAUUGAUCCAAUUCUUUAUUUCAUGCAGUGGUUGCAAAGGAAAAGUAACACCGGAAAUGUAUAGCCGCCUGUCACAUGCUGAUAUUAUUCGUCGAAUGACUGAAGAGUUUGAUGAAGACUCGGGUGAAUACCCACUUAUACAAUCAAGCCCAGUUUGGAAACGCUUUCGUUCAAAUUUUGUUGAAUUCAUCCAAGUAUUAAUUCGCCAAUGCCAAUAUAGUAUAAUUUACGAUCAAUGCAUGAUUGAUCAAGUGAUCUCUUUAUUGACAGGCCUUACUGACUCACAGGUUCGGGCGUUUAGACAUACCAGUACAUUGGCUGCUAUGAAAAUGAUGACUGCUCUUGUUGAUGUUGCGCUCAAUGUUAGUAUCAAUAGAGAUAACACACAACGUCAGUAUGAAGCUGAAAGAUCAAAAGUUCAGAACCGACGUGCUUCUGACAGACUUGAAGUGCUAAUGCAACGUCGACAAGAAUUAGAAGAGAAUAUGGAGGAAGUCAAAAAUAUGCUUGUAUACAUUUUCAAAGGUGUUUUCGUUCAUCGAUACAGGGAUAGCCAGGCAGAAAUACGAACAAUAUGCAUGCAAGAAAUCGGUGUCUGGAUGCGUCGUUAUCCAGCUAUGUUUUUAGACGACAGUUACUUAAAGUAUGUUGGUUGGACACUUUAUGAUAGAAUUGGAGAUGUUCGUCUUCAGUGUCUUCGCGCCUUACAGCCCUUGUAUGAAGAUCCUGCUCUCAUCAAUAGUCUGGAGCUUUUCACCUCUCGUUUUAAAUCACGUCUUGUGGAUAUGACACUUGAUAAAGAGACUGAAGUGGCAGUUCAAGCUGUAAAACUAGUCUCCUGUAUAUUGAAGCAUAGUGACUCAGUACUUGAAGACAAGGAUUGUGAAAAUAUAUAUGAGUUGGUUUAUUGCACUCACAGACCUUUGGCACAAGCAGCUGGUGAAUUUUUAACUUUGAAACUUUUUGAAGUUGAUUCCCAUGCUCCUCCCACCAGAACCAGAAAAGGUAAAAAACGUAGUGAAAAUACACCACUCAUUCGUGACCUCGUGCAAUUUUUCAUCGAGAGUGAAUUGCAUGAACAUGCUACUUAUUUGGUCGAUAGUUUAUGGGAUUUAUGCCCAAUGCUUCGUGAUUGGGAGGCUAUGCUAGAUUUGCUUCUUGAAGAACCAGGUAGAGGUGAGGAACCUAUGGAUGCAAAUCAAGAAACAAGUUUGAUCGAAAUUAUGGUUUGUUGUGUUCGUCAAGCAGCAACGGGGGAAUCACCAGUAGGACGACAGACUGGCGGCCAUCAUUCACAUUCCAAUACCAACUUAUUGACUGGCAUGAGUUUACUGGAGACUGGUGGACGCGGUCGAGGUGGUGCAACUACCGGUACAGGGAACAGCGCUGCACCCUCUUCACGUGAAGCUCGUGCCCUGGUCGAAGAACGUAGUCGUAUGACAGAAGCAAUGAUAACUGCUAUACCAGCACUCCUUGCUAAGUAUGGUGAAUCUCCUGAACGAGCUACAAACCUUCUUGCUAUUCCACGACACAUGGAAAUGGAACUCUACACUACGGGCCGACAUGAAAGACAUUUGGAUCUUCUUCUACAAGCUGUUCAGGAUAUUGUAGAACGUCAUACUGAUCCACACACAUUAUUGGCUUGUUCGCGCGUUUACGAAUCGUUGUGUAUUGAUGAAUUAAGCAUUUCUGCAAAGUGUCAAACUGUCCGUGGUACGCUGUUGGAUCGUUUGGUGGAUCUUUAUCGGGAUGCAUUCUUAAACUACUUUAACGAUCAGGGAGAGGAACCCGAUCAGGAUGAUGAGUUUCACUUACUAGCUGCAUUGAAACGAAUCUAUGCGUUUUACGCUUGUCACGAUCUUUCUGGAUUGGAUUUAUGGGAUAGUCUUAUCAGGAUCGCACAAUCCGGAAAUGAUGCCAACGGUGAAAUUGUGGCUCAGGCUGUUAGCUGCUGCUCUAAAGCUCUACUGUGGAAUCUUGCUAGAAUAGGAGAGGCUGAUGUCGACAAAACGGAUUUGAACAAACUAAGAAGACAGUUAAAUCUGUAUAUGGACGUAUGUAUUGGCUACCUAGAUCAUUCAUGCAAACGGUUAGCAUCAGAAUCGUUUCUGUCCAUUUGUGAUUUGCUAGUUGUUUUUUCACGUCAUCUUUCCGUUCACUUGCCAAAUCUGAAAUCUAUCAUUUAUACAGCCGACAGGGAUCUAGAACUCAAGUUGACCAAUUUUCUGGAGCAACGGGUUUUCGUUGAUGAUGACGACGAAGAGGAUGAUGAAAAUGUCAAAUUUGAAUCGCUUCACGAAAGGCGUACACAGCUAGCUGCAUUUUUUAAACUAGUAAUAUAUAAUUUGAUUCCUAUACGAGCAGCUGCUCCGAUCUACAAAUAUUAUAUUCGGUCUUUCAAUGAUUUUGGUGAUAUUAUGAAAUCUACACUGGCCAAAGCUCGUGAAAUCAAUCGCGUGCACACCGCUCGUAUGAUUGCGCAUUGUUUAGAAUUAUGUUAUCUACAAGUAGAAUCAGCUUCUAAUAAUUGUGUUGAACGUGGUUCUGAAGGUCUUCAAGCUGUAAAGGAACUUGCUAGGCGUCUGAAUCUCAGUUUCGGUCUCGACCUAAUUAAAAUACGAGAAUCUAUGGUUGCCUUUCACUCCGAAGGGAUACAGUUUUGUGUUUCCCGAGCUGCUUCCACAGCUGCUGCAACAGGUCAAACCCCUGGUGUCCCAAGCAAUUUACUUUUCCUUGAAGUUGUCGCUGAAUUCUCAAACAAGCUUCUCAGACAAGAUAAGAAAAGCAUAUAUGAAUAUCUCCGUCGAAUUUUCCCAAAUCCUGUUGGCAAUGAAUGGGCUAGUCUGCAUGCCUAUCGAUCAAGUCUGGAUCCUGACAACACUGAUAAUGCUCCAGGACAUGAUGGAGUUAGUCAUGCUACCAAUCCUCAAGCUGUCAGCAGUUCCAAUCCUGCUCCAGUACAAGGUAACACGGUGGUACCAACAAGUGGACGUGUAGGAUAUGGGGGUAGGGGGCGCGGCAAACGACUCCGAGAUUCUGAUUCCUCUCUUCGUAAGCAAUAAAUUAUUUUAUCCUUAUGUAGUCAACGUUUUUCCAUCUUCCUCUAGUUUUAUUAUAUGUUGAGAAAAGUUUAGUUUUAUCAGUUGAGAAAACCUACAAAUCUAGAUGCUGAGAAUUUGUAUUACAGAUAACCACUAAAUCACUUGCUAAAAGCUUUACUAGUACUGCUUAGGGAAACUUUGUUACGUAGUAACAGGUUUCCAGCACAUAAACCCAUGUGUGUGUUCGCCAUGUAACUUAAUUAACACAAAACUUUAAAAAUGUGUUUUCCGAUCGUUCUUUGUGACUAUAUUAUGUAGAUUUGUCAGUUCAAUCAAUACUGAUCAAAUGAUUGUGAAUCAGUUAACGGGAUUGAACAAUAAUGCAUUUAGAUGAUUUAGUUAUAAAUGUUUAAGAAUAUAUAUCUUAAAUAAAUUAAAACAAGUGAACAUAUGACGUAAUUAGUUAAAGAGUCAGAAAUUUGUGUUAAGUAAUCAAAUCAAUUUACGGAUUACAUAGAUUGUAAUUGUAAAGAAUGAGAUAAGUUGUCUAGUCUUUGAAAAUACUUAAUAAGAUGAAUAGAAUAGCUGAUAAAUGUUUUGAUGAACACUAAUCAUGUAAGUAUAGGUCUAAAUAAUGGAAAACAUAGUUGAACUAUAUCCAGUGUAAUUUCAGGGGUCAUUUGAUAGAAUAAAUAGACAUUUUAUGAACGCGUAACCCCUAGUUUUCUCAUUUGUUUUUGUUGUGCACAAAAAGAUGGAAUCAUUGAAGCUCUGUACUCUUCUGUCAAUAUCUCUUUAACUAGUAUACCUCACCCGACUCAGUUGAUCAUUAAAAUAAUUUAGAUUCAACAUGUAGAUGAAGACGACUUCCGAAAUAAAUAUGAGGAGCCGUUGGUUUAGUCACUAAAAUACAGUAUUCAAAUAUCAAGUUCCACAUUACAAUCUUACUUCACUUGGUUCAUUUUUAAUCUCCACUUUUUAUUACUAUCCGUUGCACAAAAUAAUAAUAAGUCGAAACUAAUUAUACAAACUUAUGUUUGAUAUCAAGAUGUAUCAACUAAAAACAAGUGUACAGAAAUCAAACCACGCACUUAUAGCGAAGUUACAUAGUGAUCUUGAAGGAUUUAUGGAUAAUUUAGCAGCUGUGAUUGGAUGGAUGAAAGGAAUAUGCAGAUCGUUUGCUCACUUAACAAAUCUGAUUUAUCAUCUUCCAGUCCUCAUAGCGUUGGGGUUGGUAAGUUAGAUGGAAUUCUUCGCAUCGAUAUAUUGCCCCGUGUUUAUUAAAUGUUUUCUAUCGUUCUGUCUGUCUUUCGAUGAAUCAAGCGAAGUGAUUAGAAACCCAAAUGCCAUACAGUGCCUGAAUGGGCAUCCAGUAAAACUAAUUCUGCCAAAGCUGAUAAAGUGAGGUGACAAAUUCCGACUGCAUUGGUUAGGAAACAAGAAUCAUAACUCUAUUGUAUUGGGCUUUUUCUAGACGUAAUGGCACCAGUUUUUUUUGUCUCAAAAAUUUGAACGUGUUGUUGUUAAAUAGCCUACAUAGCUCUGUUUAUGGAACAAGAACGUGUAACCGGACUUUUCCUGCUUCAGUUAAUAAUCAAGUGUCGGAUUAUACUUUUGGAUAUCGUUUUCAAAUUUUAUCUGUGUAUCGCACUUUUACUUUCACCGUUUGUCAAUUGUCCUUGUAUACCAUGUUUAUCUUUUCCAAUCGUUAUUUUAUAAUAUAUAGCCGACGCUAAUUUAAAUCCACAGUCCACAAGUACAGCUAUCAAAAAGAAGCGCACCAAUAUCGCGAGUAGUAGCAAAAAUGCAUCUGGAAAUGUUUCUAGUAUGACUACAGUUGACCCUUCCCGACCUACAUCACCUUCAGAAAUACCCCCCAACAGUGCAGGAUGUGCACCUCAGUAAGUUGACUGUUUAUAUUAUGUUGGGAGACUUUUUUGUAUGUAGUACAGUAAUUUCUUUAACUGAUCAUCUUCCAAAUCAGUCUUAAUAAAUCACCCAAAUGUUUUUAAUUUUUGCAGCCAUAAUCCUUCGACAUCAAUGACAACUUUAGCUACUCCCGUUCAUCCGUCUAACCAAUAAAUCCAUCCCUAUAAAUUAUUCAGAAGAAAUGAAUUUUAUGGCCGACGCGUCUGUGUGUUUCACCGCUUCGAAAUUAUGCAAUUAUCUAGAAGUGUUUCGUUCAGCGAACAUCUUCAGAUGUUUAUAUCUGUAAAUAUAGACAACUGAUGCUUUAUAUAAUUAUCUUCACACAGAUUAAUCCCAACUGGCUGUAUUAUUCAAAUCCCUUUCCAGAAAAUGUACAUUCUUUUUAGGUUAUCGACUUAAUUAUCACAAUUGUUCACGAACUUAGUUUUUUUCUAUUUGUCUCUCCCUUCUAUACUAAAGCAAGUUGUUUUUGUAUCAUGCGUUUUUUUUUUAAAGUCCUCAUUUUUACUUGAUAUCUAAUUCUCCCCGAAGUUAUUGUAUUUUUAAAUUUUGUUUGUAUACAGUGAUCAGCCAUUAUCAGGCUGGAAGAAUGCUGUGUAGCUCAUUUAAACAAUGUUGUUCAAAAUUGUGCAGAGCAGAACUAUUUUUACACAGAGAACUUGCUAAUAUUAUUAUGUAAAUUGCCUUUUUGUAAAACUAAUCACCUUUAUUAAAUAGUACCGCACUAUGUAGUUUUUUUUCAACUAUUUGUCCUCUUUCUUUUUUCGUAUUAAUUUUUUUUCAUGCUAACAACUUUUCAAUUAAAUUUUCCCAACAAUAUUUACUCAAGUUCAAUUAAAAACAUAAAACAUUUGUUUGUAUACCAUUAUGAUGCGUUUGACAUUUGAUUUCAAUAAUUGUGUUACCUGAUUAUUUGUUUUCAUUCAGAUUUCCUAUAAAAUCCACUUGUACAAUAUUCAUUUUGUUCAUAUUAUUAUUCUUUAUUGAGAUUUAGGUAGCUUCAAAAUUUUUUUUCCAGUUUUGUUAAACUAUACGUCUAUCUGGUAACAAAAACUUUGUACAGAACUUCUUAUUUGCAAGACGUUCAUUAUUAAUUU